GUUUCCGGUCUUGGCUCUGGCGGGAGUGUUUCGAAGCUUUGGUCUUGGGCGACAGCAUGUCUCAGGAACGCGCUGUCCCGGCGAGCGCGGUUCCCCUGGAAGAAUUAAGUAGCUGGCCGGAGGAGCUAUGCCGCCGGGAACUGCCAUCUGUCCUGCCUCGUCUCCUUUCUAUGUAUCAGCAUUCUGACAGUUGGAUUGAGCAUAUUCAAAUUCUGAAAAUUAUUGUAGAAAUGUUUUUACCUCAUAUGAACCACCUGACAUUGGAACAGACUUUCUUUUCACAAGUGCUGCCAAAGACUGUGAGAUUAUUUGAUGACAUGAUGUAUGAGUUAACCAGUCAAGCCAGAGGACUAUCAAGCCAAAAUUUAGAAAUCCAGACCACUCUAAGAAAUAUUUUACAGACAAUGGUACAGCUAUUAGGAGCUCUUACAGGAUGUGUUCAGCAUGUCUGUGCCACUCAGGAAUCCAUCAUUCUAGAAAAUAUUCACAGUCUUCCCUCCUCAGUCCUACAUGUAAUCAAAAGUACAUUUGUACAUUGUAAGAAUAGCGAAUCUGUUUACUCUGGGCGUUUACACCUAGUCUCAGACCUUCUGCAGGCUCUUUUCAAGGAGGCCUAUUCUCUUCAAAAGCAGCUAAUGGAACUGCUGGAUAUGGUUUGCAUGGACCCUUUAAUAGAUGAGAAUGAUGACAUUUUGAAUAUGGUAGUAGUUAUUCAUUCAUUGUUGGAUAUCUGCUCUGUUAUUUCCAGUAUGGACCAUGCAUUUCAUGCCAAUACUUGGAAAUUUAUAAUUAAGCAGAGCCUUAAGCACCAGUCGGUUAUAAAGAGUCAGCUGAAACACAAAGAUAUAAUUACUAGCUUGUGCGAAGACAUUCUUUUCUCCUUCCAUUCUUGUUUGCAGUUAGCUGAGCAGAUGACACAAUCAGAUGCGCAGGAUAAUACUGAUUGCAGAUUAUUUCAGAAAACACUCAAAUUGUGUCGUUUCUUUGCCAACUCCCUUUUGCACUAUACUAAGGAAUUUCUUCCUUUCCUGUCUGAUUCUUGCUGUACAUUGCACCAGCUUUAUCUUCAGGUACACAGUAAGUUUCCUCCAAGCCUGUAUGCUGCUGGGAUUUCUAAAGCACAACAGGAGGAAAUAGCAGGUGCUUUCCUGGUCACACUGGAUCCACUUGUCACUCAGCUUCUCAAGUUCCAACCUUUCGUGGAAGUGGUUUUGGACAGUAAAUUAGAGCUGCCGUGUGAACUACAGUUUCCACAGUGUCUGCUGCUGGUUGUCAUCAUGGAUGAGCUGCCCUCUCAGCCUGAGGACGUGCAGACCCUGUGGUGCACAGAGAGCCAGGUCUCAGAAGCUACAACCAGGGUGUCUCUACUCAAAGCCAUUUUCUCCAGUUUUGAGCAGUGUUCUGGUGAACUGUCUCUACCUGUUCAUUUACAGGAAGUAAAGAGUAAAGGGCAAACUGAGGUUGCUGUCACCUUAUAUCAGCACGUUUGUGUUCAUCUGUGUACAUUUAUUGCUUCCCUUCAUCCCUCGCUGUUCCCUGAACUGGACACUGCUCUGUUGAAUGCUGUGCUUAGUGCUAAUAUGAUCACCUCUUUGCUAGCUAUGGACGCAUGGUGCUUCCUUGCUCGAUAUGGGACUGCUGAACUCUGUGCCCACCAUGUCACCAUAGUGGCUCAUCUGAUAAAAUCUUGCCCCGGAGAAUGCCAUCAGCUCACCAGCCUAUCAGUACUAUUGAGGCGCCUCUUCUUCUUCAUGACCCCACCCCAGCAGGUGGAGUUUAUCCAGAAAUUUUCCCCAAAAGCAGCAGAAAAUCUGCUUCUGUGGCAGUAUAUUUCCUUUCAGGCAUUACCUGCUGAGCUUAGGAAACAAACUGCACUUGAGGUCAGCAGAUCAGGCACUGCAGAGUGCAGGAAGUGGCUAAGCAGCAGUCGCUCGUUGGGAGAACUUGAGUCUCUGAACCCAGUGCUCUCUGCUUUGCUUGCCGUGUGUAAUUCUGCUAGCGAAGCUCUGGAUAUGGGACAGCAAACUGCAGUUAAGGAAGUUGGGAGUCAGCUUUGGGCUCUUUUAAACAUUAAACUGGUAACAGGUCAACCUUAUGUUCAACAGACACUCAGCCUUUUACUUCCACUGCUGGGAUUUUUCAUUCAAACUCUAGAUCCUCAGCUGAUAAGUCAGGUAAUAACUUUGCAGACCUCACUACUCAAAUCAGAGCCUCCUGACCAUGUUCGUUUGGCAGUUCUUGAUUUUCUGUCUUCCCUGGGAAAACUUUUUAUACCUCAAGCCAUCCAGGACAAAAUUCUGCCCCACCUAUCUUCUGUUUUUGCCUCACUGCUAGCUGACAGGAAUUGGCUGCUAGAACAACAUUCCCUGGAGGCGUUUACUCAGUUUGCUGAGGGAACAAAUCAUGAAGAGAUAGUUCCACAAUGUCUCAGUUCUGAAGAAACAAAGAAGAAAGUUGUAUGUUUUCUGGAGAAGACGGGGUUUGUAGAUGAAACUGCAGCUGCCAGAGUGGAACGUGUCAAACAGGAAAAAGGUACUUUCUGGGCGCCCUUUGCUAAAGUUACUGUAGAAGAAGCAGAGAAGUCAUCUUUACAGCCUUCUGCAAAAAGAGCACGUCACGAGCUCCCCUUGGAAGAAGAGUACAGGUCAGCACUCCAAGCAGCAACAGCGGCCCUGGAGGCAAUCGAGUCGUUACUCCAAAAGUCUCCUCCUCCAGACUGGCUUCUGACGAAAAUGGAGACACUCCAAGAAAGGAUUGAUAAGCUAAAACAUCAUGUAUUCUAGGGUGAAGACUGAAUGGACUGGACCAUAUUAUCACUAGGUAGAGUUGGAUGA